AUGGCAUAUGGUGGUGACAACUAUAGGCAGACGGGGUAUAGAAGUGAUAGAGGUAAUGACCAAACUCGUGCGUACUACAAGAGAUCCAACCGUCAUGAACCGGGAUUUUCUCGUAGAGGUUACGACGAUGAGCAUUUUUCAGCCGCCAUUGAGCAGCAGCAGCAGCAGCGGCUGCUGCUGCUGCUGCUGCUGCUGCUAAACACCAGAUACAAUGGACAUGAGCAGAUUAGCGAAUAUGAUACUCGUCCCUAUAUCGAGCAGGGUCGACGAAAAUGGUACCCUAAAGAUUCUUCGGGUAAAAGUACACCAAUGUCGAUUUCCGGUGAGAGAGAGAGAAAUCAAAUAACAGAUAUUGUUCUGGUACCAGGAACUGAUAUGAGAACAGGUAUCAACAAGCGCGAUGCCGAUUUCGUAAAACUAGCUCAUCAUAGCGACUUUACCACCAAACUAAUAGCUAUUUCAACUACAAAGGAAACUAGCUCUAAGAAUUACAAAGUAUUAUACGAUCCCGAACUUGAUAAGACUUUAUCCAAGCAUGAGAGGAAACUUCGAUCGAAAAAAAUAAGACUUGAAGGAGAAGGUGUUUCAGAGAGUGACAACGUGGACCCUCGACUCUUGAACCUCGCACAGUAUUUACAAAAGCCAAACAAGAAAUCAGCUAAGUUUCCAUUUAAACAACUUCCACGAGCAAAAUUCACUUUUGACAAGGAUUCCUUAGGGCCAGCACCGUUAACCACUUUGGUUCUUUGGGAUCUUCCUUUAAGCAUUAAUGCAACCUAUCUAACCAAUUUCUUGAGUAGCUUUGGCUUUUCUAUAAAGGAGUUGAAAAUCAUCAACGAUCCCAAUAGUGCAGUGCCCUUGGGUGUUGCAACUUUCAAAUUCCAUGGAAGUGUUGAAAAGGCAAGUGAUUACGCCCAUAAAUUCAUAAAGAUUGUUAACUCGGAGGCAGUGGAGAUUGACGGGAAACAGUUGAAAGUUGGUCUUAAUGACAAUGAAGACGAUUUGUUAAAUCAAAAGGUAAACAUAGCGAGAGGUAAAAUAAUUAACCAGCGGCUCAAAAGAGAGCAAGAAGAAGAAAAAAGACGACUAAAACUUAUGGAAGAACAGAAGAAGCACGAGGAAAUGCUCAAGAAGGAGGAAGAGUUACGGAAUCAAUUGAAGGAACAAGAGGCUAUACGGCAAGCUGCAGCUUUGAAAUUUCAACCAAAUACCACGUUGAUGUCUAGCAGGCAUAAUAACCAAGUAAAGAGGGGCAUAUAUUUGCCCAAUGAGCUAUCCAAAUACGUCAAAAACAGACCUUACUUGUUGAUUCGUGACAAAUAUGUGCCGACAACAAAAAUUUCGUCCCAUGAUAUCAAGAGAGUGUUGAAGAAGUACGACUGGACUAGAGUUUUAUCAGACAAGAGUGGGUUUUAUAUUGUUUUCAACUCUUUGAGGGAAUGUGAAAGGUGUUUUUUGAAAGAAGAUUGUCACAAGUUUUUUGAGUACAGGUUGGUGAUGGAAUUGGCAGUUCCCGAGGGCUAUGUUGAAUCAAGCGCUGCAGAUGAACAGGGGAAUGAUGUGAUUGACGAGGCAUCAAAUAUUUUAAUCAAGGAAUUUGAAUCGUUUCUCAUCAAGGAUAUUAGAGAGAGGAUUCUUGCACCUCAUAUUUUAAAGCUUUUGGAUCAUGAAAACUAUCCGUCAAUAGUUGAAGAACUUAAACUUAAAGAAAAAGAGGCAAAGGCCAAAUCUGUGGCUGUAUCAAACGCCCAGAUUAAGUUAAAUGCCUUGUCUUAUUUGGAAAAAGAGAGACGAAUUCUCAAUCAAAGAAUACCCUACUUUAAAAAAAUAGAAGGAAGAGAUGAUGAGAGGAGACGUCGUAGAAAGGGUGCAAUUGUGCCGAUGCUGCAUGCACUCAAUCUUGACGAGGAGGAUGUUUCUGAUGACGAGGAGGAUGAAGAUGAGUCAACUAGUAGGUCCGCAACUCCCGUGGCGCAUGGUUUGAAGAGAGUUCGUAGUCUCACUGACACGACGACGGUGAGUGAAGAAAACUAUGUCGACGAACCAGAGUUGAAGAAACAAAGAUCUAAAGUGAAGAAAGGUACAAAGACUGUUUCAACAGAUAUUGAGAAGGCAAUUUUAUCUACUGAGGGAGAAGAAGAAGAAGAAGAAGAAGAAGAAGAAGAAGAAGAAGAAGAAGAAGAAGAAAGGGUAGUAGAAGCAGAAGCACCAAUAGAAGAGGAAACAGAAGCGGCCAAGGCAGCAGAGGAGAAUGGUGACGUAAAAUCGCCAGUACUUGACUCGAAAUACGAGGCUACCGAAGAUGGUCCACACACAGUUUACCCGGAACCUUUCAUACCCUUGUCUUUCCAAUUGCAUGAUCUCCAAAAGAGCCUCAUGGACACAGAGGAUAUGGAUCUUGCACUCAGUGUUUUACGCGAUGUACCUGCAACUGAGAUGAAGAAUAUUGAAUAUUGGCUGUGGAAACAAAAUUUGAACAAAGUAGCAGACCACGAGGUUAUUGAAGAAGAAUUGGAAGCCGUGGAUAAGGAGUUGCCAGCACAUCUUGAUUCCGUUUCUGGAAGUUUCAAGAGUGACGGAUACAAGAAAAUCCCCGAUGCCAGUAAGGACUUUUAUUUGCCGCAUCGCAAGAAUGCAAACAAGCCGAUCAAGACAGUUCAAUAUGAAGAGGAAGAAGACGAGAAGCCUGUUGAAACCACCAGUACCUAUCAGAGCUCUCGUGUCAAUCGAGCGAAUAACCGAAGGUUUGCUGCAGAUAUCACAGCCCAAAUUGGGUCAGAAUCGGAUGUUUUAAGUUUGAACGCGCUUACUAAACGGAAAAAACCCGUUACCUUUGCUAGAUCCUCUAUUCACAACUGGGGUCUUUAUGCAAUGGAACCGAUUGCAGCAAAAGAAAUGAUUAUUGAAUAUGUAGGGGAAAGGAUUCGACAGCAGGUUGCCGAGCAUAGGGAAAAGAGCUAUUUGCGAACAGGAAUAGGCUCUUCGUAUUUGUUCAGAAUCGACGAGAACACAGUUAUUGAUGCGACUAAGAAAGGAGGUAUUGCCAGAUUUAUCAAUCACUGCUGUAGUCCCAGCUGCACGGCAAAGAUCAUUCGAGUUGAAGGUAAGAAGAGAAUUGUCAUUUACGCCCUUCGAGAUAUAGAGGCUAACGAGGAGCUCACGUACGAUUACAAGUUUGAAAGAGAGACCAAUGACGAUGAACGUAUUAGGUGUUUGUGUGGAGCACCAGGGUGCAAGGGAUAUUUGAACUGA